AGUAAACUCGUGAUCAGCAGUGCCACAGAAUGAAGCAUAAAAGUAAUUGUGGAUUUUUUCAUCUCUCUCUUGUCUAUUCCUGACUUGUGUGGACUUGACGUCUUUCUCAGACUUGUCAUGGCUUCUCCUAGACUGGAGACAUUCUGUUGUCCCAAUAGGGACCUAGCCACUGAGUUAGUCCUGGACUACCAGCCUCAAGUAUUUGGUUCCUUGUGCAUUGGCAGUGGGUUAGUUAGCAUGUUUUUGACCAUUCUACAGCUUCUUCCAAAAACCAAACAAGGCUACCGGAAACUGGGAAGAUUCACUCUGCCCAAACCAUCCUCGUCCAGAAUUCUUCUUCUAAUUGUCAUCUGUGACAUGCUGGGCUGUUUAGGUAACGUGGUUUCAUUCAUAUUCAUGAUUGUUUUAUGUUCUCUGUUGUUCAAUACUUUAAAUAUCUCUGCAAAAGCUGAAGCCUUGGAUUAUAUUUUAAUGCAUUUAGAUUGCUUUUUAUUGAAUUUAAGAAAUGCAUGUCUCUGUUUAAAACAUAUGACAGGAAACUGGAAUUAACAUCAGAGACGGUUUUCAAAUGUAAAGUCAUUAGAUGUAAUGGCUAGUUAAUGCGUGAAUGAAUUGGAUACUGCCCAUUCAUUUGCUGAAUAGAAAUGAUAUCUCAAAUGUGUUAAGCUAAAUUCAUAGUUCUUUUACUAUUCUACUAUGUUCAAUUUUAUGAUGGUGUGCUUAUUAUUAUUACGUUUUUGCUCUCUAAUGACAGUAAAGGACCACUGUCAUGGAAAAAAUACAACUUAUAUGCAGGUAAAUUAUAAGUCUUAGACAGUAGAAUAGUUUAAUGUUGUGAAAUUUUUGAUAUUUUGUGCUCUAAUUUUUAUUCUUCCUCAGUACUUAAACCUGUAACAUAACCUACUUUUUAUCUGCAAAAAAGAAAUCAAAUAGAUAGGAACCACAUCAGCUUUUUGGAAUUCAAAGUUAAUUCAAUGUGAAUUUCAAAAUUUCAACCAAAUUAGCAGAUUCGGUCAAAUUCUCCACAUCAUUUCUGUGUUUAAUUUGGCUAUUUUGGCAUUACUUUUAAACAUCACUUUGCAUUUACUUUGAAUUCCCUGAAAUUCUCACUUUAGUGAAUAACUCUUUGAGUUCAGUUGUUUAUUAAUUCAAAAUUAUAAAUAUUAUAAUAAGGCACAGAGUGAUUACAGCCGUGUUAAUAUUUACAAAGCAUCUCAUUUGGCUUACAUUUUUCAGUAUACUUUCCAAUUCGCCACAAUUCACUGUUUAGUUAAUAAACCCCAAUGUGUCUUUCUAUAAAUAUUAGUGAUUACACAUGUGCUUGCUCUGGUUAUAGGCUAUUCUUAGGGUGAAACAUAUAUAAUGAAAGCAAAUUACAACAAAAAGCGAUGCAGAUUUAACUAGACAUCUAGAUUUAAAGAAAGCAUAUUUUAUACUAUGCUUAAUGCAGUAUACACAAAAAGUAGGGGAAACUGCUAAAAGACAAGGUGUUAAAGGAACAGUGUAGUGUAUUCCUAAUGCUAGAGUUGUGAUGCCCCUUAAUAAAUAGGCCAGCGUCUAUAAUGAGUAACGAGCUGCCACAACCUCCUUCUUGUCUACUCUGCCCAAAUGUUACAGGAUUGGGGAGAUGCAGUGGUGAGUGAGCUGUGAUCAAUACUUCCUCUGCCUGCACAACUCCCUUGGGUGCCAUGUAAUGAGACCAGGAGCUGGGAUGUGACGCCCCCCCUGCCCUGGCAUCACUACAAGAUAUGAAUGCCAACUAUACACAGAACCGGUGUUACCGUUAGGCAAACUAGGCAUUUGCAUAGGGCGCCGGCCUGCUGGGUGCGCCCACCGGGAUAUUUCCUGGUGGGCUCCCCCUGUCUAGGGCCGCAGCGCUGGGAAAGCGACUCACUAGCCGCCCCCCCCAGUGCUGGGCCGAACCUCCAGGCAGCAGAAAAACCUCUAGGUGCCCGGAGCAGCCUUGUCACAGGUGGGCCACUGAUGCUGUGCUACGGUAAGGCAGAGCUGGCGCCUGCUUACCUUGAUGGCAGGUGCCUGCAUUGCCAACAAAUGCCGUUUACCUGAGGAGAGGGACAUGGAGAAAGCAGGCAGCGAGGGAGGCUGUUCUUGCAGCCUCUCAGUCCUCCCUCGCACGCCCUCUGUGAUGCUGGGAGCCAGAAUAUGACAUCAUUCCGGCCCCGGUAUACUAAACAGCGGGUGGGAGAAGUGAGGAGCUGCCCCACACUGGAUCCCAGGGAGGUGAGUGUUUGACUGUCAGUGAGUGUCUGCCUGUGUGUGUGUCUGUUAGUGAGUGAGUGUAUGUAUGUCAGUGAGUGUGUGUGUAUGUCUGUCAAUGAGUGUCUGCCUGUGUUUGUGUCUGACUGUCAGUGAGUGAGUGUAUGUAUGUCAGUGAGUCCGUGUGUGUUUGUGUGUGUGUGCCUGUCAGUGAGUGAGUGUAUGUAUGUAUGUCUGUCAGUGAGUGAGUGUACGUCUGUCUGUGUCUGUCAGUGAGUGAGUGUAUGUCAGUGAGUGCCUGUGUGUGUGUGUAUAUGUCGGUCAGUGAGUGUGUGUUUGUGUGUCAGUGAAUGAGUGUAAGUCUGUCAGUGAGUGAUUGUAUGUCUGUCAGUAAGUGUCUGUGUGUGUGUGUCUGUCAGUGAGUGUGUGUGUGUCUGUCAGUGAGUGAGUGUAUGUCCAUGAGUGUCGUGUGUGUCUGUUUGAGUGUGUCAGUGAGUGAGUUUGUUUGUCAGUGAGUGAGUGUAUAUCUCUCAGUAAGUGUCUGUGUGUGUGUGUCUGUCAGUGAGUGAGUGUAUGUCUGUCAGUAAGUGUGAGUGUAUGUCUGUCAUUGAGUGUGUUUCUGUCAGUGAAUGUGUGUGUCUGCCAUUGUGUGUCUGUCUGUCAGUGAGUGAGUGACAUGAGGGGGCGGCAAAAUGGUUCUUUGCCUAGGGUGGCAGAAAUCCUUGCACCGGCCCUGACUAUACAGCUAAAGCAUAGUGAUCCCAGCAGCACCCCCUGGCCACUAGGGGCAGUAUACACUCCAACUCUCGCUGACACAAUUGAGAGGCUAGGUGGACCAAACAAUAAAUUAUAUAUAUAUAUUUAAAGAAAAGAAAAUCAUGUAUGUGUUUGAGAAUUAAUAAGUAUGUAUGUGUGCAUGAGAAUGUGUGUGGUUGUGUAUGUGUGUGAAAAUGUAUAUUUAGGUGUUCAUGAAAAUGUGUAUGUCUUUGUGUAUGAAAAUGUCUAUGUGUGUGUGUGCUGAAGAAUGUGUCUGUGAUUCUGUGUGCAUGAAUCACUACCCAAAAGUAAGUAUUUGGUAUUUAACUAAGAGCUUUUUGACACUAUUUUGAACCCUUUAUUACGGACCAUUAAGUUUUUUUUUAGUUUUUUUACACAUUUCUCAUUAUUGUGGGGAGUUUCACAGGCCUAUUCACAGCAACACCACCCAUGUAGACCUUUGCCAGAAAAGGGAAAUAUUAUAGUAUCAAGUGACAGGUGUGCCUAUUUCAGUCUUUACAUUUUUGUUACCACAUUGACCAGCAUUAAACUUUGAAGCUGUCAUAAUCUUGAGCAGCUCAGGUAAGAGACAAUUGCCAAGGUUAAUGUUUGGUUGUUUAUUGGUGACUUUACACAUAGCUACACAUAAUUAGUAUACGCAGCAAGCCAAAGAGGGAGGUAAUUAUAAGUGAUAAUAGUUGAGAGAGUUAGGCAAUUGGUAGAAAGAAAAACCUAUAAGCGGAAUUAUAGUAAAAGGUUAAAGGAGAACCUGUUAGUGGAAUUAUAGGUAAGUAGAAAGAAGGUGAAAUAGAAAUAGAGGUUUAGGCAAUAUGUCCCGGACAGGUUGUUACCAAGAUAUAAUUAGAGAAUAGCAAAUACUUAUGGUUGAAAGUAUAGGACAGGCAUAGGCAACCUUCGGCAAUCCAGAUGUUUUGGACUACACCUCCCAUGAUGCUUUACCAGCAUUAUGGGUGUAAGAGCAUUAUGGGGAAUGUAGUCCACAACAUCUGGAGGGCCUAAGGUUGCCUACCCCUCGUAUAGGAUAUAUAGAACAGAAAGGUAUCAGAAUUGCAAAUAAAAUAGAUUAGUGAAUCAGCCCCCAGUUGGAAGGAGCACUGAUAAAGCAGGUAAAAUACUCUUUGCAAUAUGACUUAGUAUCGUAAUUCAGGUUGGUAAACUGUAGGUUGGUUGCGUCGUUCAGGUUAGAAUAAAGCAGGUUGGUGUUAUAAAGCAGAUUGAUAUGAAGCAGGUUGGUAAUAAUGCAGGUUGGUGACAAAGGUUGGUUUGUAGAGUAGUUCAAGUUUAUAUAACGAAGCUUGGUAGCACAGAAGGUUGUUGUGUAGAUCAGCUUGAAAAAAAAGGAGCUUGGUAGUGUAGAUAAUAAAGCAGGUAAGUUCAUAGGAGUCAGGAAUAGAAUCUUUUCAGGUUGACCAUCAACUUCAAUGUAAAGGCCCUGUAUUGAGCAGGGUGUAGCCUUUUGUAGCAUCACUAAUUAGUCCAGGCAGGCAAGGAUGCGUGAAAGAAUGUUCUGACCUAGUGGUUAGGGAGGCCACUAGUGGCAAAACAUAGUUACUGCAGGUACAAAAUUGAAAGAAAUUAAUACAGUUCCGAAAUUAGAUUUUGGAUCCUGACAGAUUCUAUGUAUAAUCCAAGGUAAAUCUAAUUUUAACCCUAACUCUAUCUCUAUCUAGCCCUUAUCAGUACCCUAGAUAAGCAUAACUUUAGUUUACACUAAGCUUGGAAAAUCCUAACCUUAGCUAACCCAAACUGUAGUUGUCCCUUACUUUAGCUAGCACUUAAAUUACCUAACCUCCCCUAAUAACCCUAACUUCACCAAACCCUAGCUAGCCCUAACUCUAGCAAACUGUAACCCUACAAAACCCAAUAGGGACACAUUCACAGAUACGCAUACUAAUAAACUGACACAAACGCAAACUGUCACACACAUCAAUACAAAAAGCACCUAUUUCUAGCUACCUUUCUUUGGGGUCUGUGGUGGACACUUUGACUGCACCACCAGUAGUUCUGCCCCGCUAGAAUGCAGGACAUGUCCCAGGGCUCUUUAUUUUUUUCUUGCUGGGUCAAGCGCUUAAAACAUGGGAAUGUCCCGGUAAAUUCUAGACAGUAGGCAACUAUGGAAUAUUUGUGAUCUACUGUUAAUAAAAUACAGUUGUUUGCUUUAUCAUUUUGUCUUCUCUUUACUGUGUAGGGAUUGUAUUGAGAUCAAUAGUAUGGAUCUCGUCUCCAGCUUUCAUUGGGAAUAUGUCUAUAUUGAAUACAACAGAUAUCUGGCCUACAGCCUUUUGUGUUGGAAGCGGGGUAUGUAUGAUCGAUUUGUGGCUAUUUUGCAAUGUUCACAAUACUGGAUUUUCCUGUAAUAAAUAUGUUAAAAUUUACAGUGGGUUAAUCUACCAAACUACUAACUGGAUAUACCUAAUUUCAUAAAUUUAUAGUGAAAUCCAAAUUUAACCCUACAUUAUAAUUCUAAUGAUUACUAAAUACAGUGCAGAUGCAUAUUUUGAGGAUAGUCUUGAAUAUCCAUGUUCACGUUGGAUUAAUGUGAAUAUAAUACAAAAAUACAAAGUACAACUGAAAAUGUUUAAAUGACACUCCAAUUAUAGAAAAUAUUACAUUUAUCAAAUGCAAAAUUGCAUCUAAAGUGACACAGAUUUUUGUAUUUGUGUGCAAUGCCAGUGCAUGUGUUAAUGCAGGCAUUCAUUUGUGUGAAUUGCCAGUGUUGAGGAGAAACGCAUCUACACCUAGUUUUUGUCUGUCCCAAUCUCCCUCCUCUAGUCUGUGUCUGUCCCCAUCUUCCUCUCUUCCAGUUAGGCCUACCUGAUCUCUUCUUCCCUAUCUGCUCCUAUCUGCCCUCCCCAAGUUUGUGUCUGCUACAUUCACCUUCUUCUCUUUUUUGGUCUGUUGCUACAUCUCCCCCCUCCCAUAUUUGUCAGUCCCUGCCUUUAUCUCCUCCCCAUGUCUUCCCACUUUUAUUCAUUCUGUGUUUUGAUACCCCAGCACCCCAGUCCUCUCAUUAUAAAUACGUGUAAUGUGGGUGAGCUCUUGCUGAAUGCUACUUGCCUUAGAGAAGGAGAGAAAGCACAGGCAAGGAGAUUACUUUGGAAUGAACGACAAAACAGGAACACUUAUUAAAAUAGGCAAGCCAGUUGGGAAGCUUCUUCCAUAUAGCCGACCCUUGACCCAAAGUUAUUCCAGUCCUCUGUCACGGUACCAGUAAAACAUACCACUGUGCUUUAUUUUAUGGAGUAUCCUGCACCUGUCCGUCAUUUUACAGAGCAUUCUGCCGCUGUACGUUAUUUUAUGGAAAAGAGCAUCCUGCACUUGCCCUUCAUUUUACAGAGUACUCUACACCUGUACGUAAUUUUCCAGAGCAUCCUAACUCAUGUAUCAUUUUACAGAGCAUCCCCAUGAUUCACUUCAUUCUGGUGUCCCGUGCCCACUGCAUUUUAUGGAGCUGGACACCCUUGCAUCAUGAUUUAUGCAAAUGUGCCUGUGUCAUUUGUACAACACUGCACAUGCAGAUUUGGCAUUGCAAGAAUGACAUCCCAUGGGCUCUCUAAGGCUAUAUAAACUCUUUCCAUACAGGGUACCUUCUGAUGGUUUUCCCUUGUGGCAAUCCGAGUGAAGAAAUGUCUGACUUAGAUAGCUAUAGUAAGGUAUAGAGGCAUUCAUCUCUUUCUCUCUCGAAAAAAAAAAAAGUGAUUAAAAAUUCCUUCCACCUGAAGUCAGUGGAUAGUCAAUACAUUGUUAAACACAGAACUGCACACCAGUCAAGCCAUAAGACUUGCUACAGAAAUCUCAUAUUUGCAGUGAUGUUACACUGCAAGGAAUUCUGGGUGGGCAUAUGCAAAUUCACAUUUUUGCCUCAUUCCAUUUUAAAACAUGGACUUCCAGAGUGGACUAUUGACUUUUUGUCCCAUAGUGGACUAUUUUAUAUUAAGAGACAUUUUUUUAAAUAUAUUUAAUUUUUUACUUUUACCUAAGUGGAGUUGUAUUUUUAUGUAUUUCCUUUUUUAUUAAAGAAGAGUUUCAUUCUAUUUGAAUGGGUAUGGUCCCUUCUUCUUAACUAUCAUAAGGAAUACAGAAACAGCUGCUACACAGAAAGGGAGUGGGAACCCUCAUAAUUAUCCCACAGGCGUCUGAAUUGAGCCAGUCACCUUUGGCUCUCUGUUUGUGAGUACUAAUCACAAAUUAUACUCAAAGUCACUUUUGUGCUCUACGAUAUUGCACUAGAUUUUGUUUAUUUUCUCUGCCACAACAGUAAUACCACCUGCCUAAUAUCCUGAAUGUCCAACUCAUGCUGCCAAACCAGCUCUCAUCCGUCAAGGCAAGGACUUCACAAGACCUAUGAAUGUCUCCUGUGGUAUCUCUGUGGUAGCAGACAUUAGCAGCAGAUCCUUUAAGCUCUUCAAGUUGCAAAGUAGAGCCUCCAUGGAUUGGAUUUAUUGUUCCAGCUCAUCCCCCAGGUGCUCAAUCGGAUUGAUAUCUGGGGUAAUUUGGAGGCCAAGGCCAAGGCACCUUAAACUCUUUGUCAUGUUCCUCAAACAAUUCCUGAACAGUUUCUGCAGAGUGGCAGGGGAAUUAUCCUGCUGAAAGAGGCUACUGCCAUCAGGGAACUCUACUGCCAUGAAGGAGUAUAUUUGGUCUGCAACAAUCACUAGGUAGGUGUUACGUGUCAAAGUAACUGUAGUGGACACUGGGUAGCCUGACCGGUUACCUCCACUAAUUCCUUCCUUCCCAAACUUGGGAACCACUAUAGAGUAUACAGAGACCCAUUUCCCCCCCAGUAACUGGACGAGACACAUCUCUGAAGGUACAACACAGUAUUAUUGCCACACACGGCUUUUAUGCAUAGCCCCAUGCAAGGGGUCUUCCACACACAUAAACAGGGGUUAUCCCAGGAUCCUCUAUGCUUGGGAGGUUGCUGUUCCUUUGUCUCCCAAAUAAGGAAAGCCCACCACUCCGGUGAGAGGUCUCCAGCCCAGGAUAACAGGGGGGUCUUCAUCCCAUGCACAUGGGAGCCAAGGUGCGGGAAAAGAGACUGUCUCCCAGGUGCAGAAAAGCCUGCCAAACCAACCAGUGCCUCAAAAGGGUCCCCACCAAUCUCAGGCGCCCUCACACUGGCACAUUCUACGAGCAAUCUCCAUUCGCGAGAUUCCUGUGCUAAAAAAAUCUGCAAGGGAAGCAUCUCCUUUCGGGGUACGAAUGCUCCCCCUGGUUGGCGUUCGUCUACAUGACCGGCAUCAUAUUAUAACCAUAAAGAAACAAAGCAUGGGAUGUUCUGUCAAAUGACUCAUGGGUUCAGGAUGCUCUGUAGAAUGACACACAGGUGCAGGAUGCACCGUGAUAUGUCACCCUUGUGCUGUGACCAGGGCCGGCCUUAAAGUGUGUGCACCUGCUACCCAGGUGGAGGAUUUAAUUUUUCUCCAUCCGGGACUAUCCGAAAAAAUGUGAGCGGGGCUUACCGAGUGGUUGGGCGAGGCUAAACAACAGCAGGGGCGGAGCUAAGUGCUCACAGAAGCCAGUGCUGCACAGGAAGGGGGAAGCAGGAAGGAGUCCCUGCUUCCUCAACAACUCCAGGAGCUGCCUCCUCUCCUUCCUUACAGCUCAUUAUGGAGAAAGGUAACUUUCCAUUUGUGUGACUGUCUUCUUUGUGUGUGACUGUCUGCCUGUGUGUGUGACUGUGUGCCUGUGUGUGUGUGUGACUGUGUGUGUGACUGUAACUGUGUGUAACUGUCUGCCUGUGUGUGUUACUGUGUGUGUGUGUGUGUGUGACUGUCUGCAUGUGGGUGUGACUGCAACUGUGUGUGUGUGUGUGACUGCCUGUGUGCGUGUGUGUGACUGUCUGUGUGUAUGUAGUAACUGUAUAUGACUGUAACUUUGUAUGACUGUCUCCCUGUGUUUGUGUGUGACUGACUUCUGUGUGUGUGUGUGACUGACUGCCUGUUUGUGUGACUGUAAAGGUGUGUUUAGCUGUAUGUAUGACUGUCCCCUAUACAAACACUAAACCCCUCUACACACACAGAAACACUAUACAUGGAUGGGGAAGGGGGAGGGCUGUCAAGAUUUUCUCACAGGGCACCUAAAGGCCUCAGGCCGGCCCUGGCUGUGACAACCUCCAGCAUUAGCCAAUCUCAUCUCUCUUGCAGGGUGUAUUUAUCUCCUACAUUCCCCCAAUUCCCUUAUGAUAGUUUAAGAGAUAAGAAGUAAGGGUAGACCUACUUUAGGUACUAGAAUAUAGUUUUUGGUGGGUAUUUCACACUGUAAAUGAAGUCAUUUCCUUGCUGUAUUAUGAUUAUUUGUAUGGUUGUAUUCUUCCUUUGUAGAUGUGGAUACAGCUUUUUUAUAGUGCUAGUUUUUGGUGGUUGUUUUGCUAUGCCAUUGAUGCCUAUCUGGUGGUUCGAAGAUCAGCAGGAAUAAGGUACAUUAAUCAAUACUAACAUCGUCUUGCAUCUCUUAAUUAAUGCUUCAGUGCUACCAUUUAAUAUAUUGAUCAUAUAAGAUGGCAAUAUUGAUCCACUAAAGUUCAAAUGUGCCCUGAAUGGAAAAAUUUGAGACUAUCCUAAAAUGUAGUAUGUCAGAUAUAAUUCCCAGAUAUGCAAAUUCAUUUAGUUUCUAUUAAGAAAGUUAGGCCCAAAAAUUUACAAAUUUAUUAUGCUCCACAGUGCAUUUCUUUUGCUGAUCCGCACCUUCAUUCAUACAAACACAUACAUAAUAAGCCAAACUUACAGAACUAGUCUAAACAUUCAAUUAGACAAGUUUGUCAAUUCAUAUAUGUAAUUAGUCAUGCAAACACAUCCAAAAAUAUAUAACUAGCCACUGACACGCAUACAUAACAACAUGCUCUCACACAUUCACACAUAAACGCACAAGCUUGCAAAACUAGACACACACUGACAUGCAUACAGAGACAAACACUGAUACAGCAGUCACACAGAUAUCCACUAACAUGCACACACAGACAAACACGAACAUGCAUAUAUAGAUACAUAUCUUGCAUACAUAGAUAUACACUGAUAUUCAUACAUGAACACACAAAUACUCAUGCACUAGCAUGCACACAUAGACACACACUGACACAAAAUCAAACAAGUUAACCAAAUAGCUGACACUAUCCUUGAAUGGCAUUAAUUUGAUAACAUUGAUAUUUGUUAAUUUCCUGUGCAACAUGAUAUCAAACCAACAUGAUUACAAUGAUUGUGGUGCUUUUUCCAUAUAAAUGCCUAGCUAAAUAUCACAUGGACAGUCUACUGAAAUAUUGGUUGAGCAGUUUUUCUGGACAGAUGUAACUUCUACAUGCUAUCAGUCAUUACAUAAGCAAUCCUUCCAACUAAUGGGAAGAAAUUAUAUCUUUAGAUACCCAUUUGUAUCAUUGUAAGCAUGAAUGACAGUCCAUGUUGGCAGGGCCAAACCAGUGCUAGACAUUUGUACAUCAGCAAAUAGUAAUGUAAAUUAAAGGGACACUAUAGGCACUGGUUGCCUCUGCCAAUUGCUGCUUCCUAGUGCUUACCGAGUACCACAAGCACCGCACCAGACAUCAUCAGCACUGUAGUCCCCACUUCCAGCGUUACAGCUUGGUUGGGAUCUCACUGUCCUCCACCCACCCUGGACCCAAGACCAGGAUCCAGCUUCCAGUGGGUAGACCUCUCCUCCAAGAGAGUGUAUCAAUAUUCUUUUAAAAGAGCAAGUGAUUAUAAUCCCAGGGGAGUAUAGUGAUAUAGCAAUCCCCAGAGUAGAUACAGCCGUUUCCCCCACACAUGAGAUGAGACUCUGUUGUUAAGGGUAAGCAGGAACAUGUUUAAUGGUAGCCACAACUGGGCUUAUAUGCAGGUCCUCAUGCAAGGUCCCCCCCCUGGACCUGAGAGUAGACUACAGUAAAAACAUAUACACAAUUACAUUGGCUCUCAGGUCAAGGACACUCCCACAUAAAACAAGAUAAUCCCUCCUCUAUGCCUGGGAUAUAAUUGAGUCAGGUACUGUAUAAAACUCAGUUAUCUCCAGGCAUAGAAAACACAAUGUUUUACAAAACCCUCAAAAUACCUUUAAACACACAACCCCCCACAGUUACAUCCCCUGAUAGCCCUGAUCUGGGUGACCAACAUAUCCAAAAAUCACCCAAAUCGGUUCAGGAAUUUCCUGGAAGUCAUAAUUUGAUGGACCGCAUGCAUGGUCCCAUGUCUAAAACAGUUCCAGAGAAUCAGGGCUUGCGGUUGGUCUAGUUUGGUAGUUUAAAACCCGAACAAACUAGCGAACAUAGUCAAUGUUCUUACCCUGGAGAUUGUUCACCUUGUUUGUGGGAACGUUUCCACUGAACAGUGCCCUUCUAAGCUGUGUAGAACCGAACGCAGGCGAUCCUGGAAGUCGAGCGGUGUUCAGGAGUUUCAGUGUCCGAAAACAGUUCCAUGAACUCGACGACCAAGAUUGCCGCCACCUUGUGGUCUAUCAUGCGAACAGCAGCCACCCAGACGACACUUAGUACACUGCGGUAGAAAGUGUUACAAACUGUCAAUUCGGCAUAACAACUCCCAGGUGGUCUCUGGUUUGUGCUCCUGUUUGGUUCCCAAACCAAAUAUAAAAUCCCAUGAACCAAGUAUGUUCACAUAGUUUUUAAAUGACCCAUAGUCUUUUGGCAGGAGGCUGGCAAGCAGGCCCCUCCAAAAACACGUGGCAGAGGUAUGUCUGCCACAGCCCGGUAUCUACUUGAUUUAAUUCAUCUGGUUAUAGUGUCUGGAGUCAUUCAGGGUUAAACAUUUAAAAAAAUAAAAUAUGUUUUAAUGCUAAACAAGGAUACCCAGCAUCAUAUUCUCUCUAUGCUGUUUUGGCUAAUGAGGAUGUAUUGCCUUAGCAGCAAAGGACAGUUGUGAUUAAGUGAGAGUGUCAGCUGACUGCUUUUAGCCAAUCAGAGUUUCCCUUGAUGGUAUGAAUGGGUACAAUGAAGUGUGUAAUCUCUGCCUUUGCCACACCUCCAGUAUGACUGUAGAUGGCCAUAAAUCCUUAUUUUGUGUUUAACUGCUCGAAAUGUUUUAACAGUAAAUGGAGGGGCUUUGCCCGGGGAAUCCAGGUACUAUAACUGUUUGAAAGAGAUGAAGUUGUGACUACAGUGUCCCUUUAACCCCUUAAGGACCAAACUUCUGGAAUAAAAGGGAAUCAUGACAUGUCACACAUGUCAUGUGUCCUUAAGGGGUUAAGGACAUUGCAUCAGGGGUAGGCAGUUGAUGUGAACAUUCUCUUUUUCUCUCUGUAGAACCUAAAGAAUGAUAAUUUAUUUUACGUAGAUAGGAUGUAUUAUGAUUAUGAUGCUUAUGUCCAAUGACAUGACAAAAGCAGACAUGUUACAGAAAUUCCAUAUUGUACCAGAUAUCAAUGAAGAUAGACUUUAAUUAAAGCUGUAAUCCUUGGGCCAAUUUGACAGAGUGAAGAGCAAUUUGGUUUAUAUAUUCAACUGUGCACACUGAGGCUAGCAGACUUGUCUGUUGAUCUGGAGUUUGAAGAAUAUUUGAUUAUGUGGCUGAAAAUGAAGCAGGAUACAUUACACUGACAUACAAGGUCUGUCCGGAAAGUAUCCAGCCACGUAAUAUGAAAAAUAGCGACAUUAAUUGAAGAAGAUAAAAGGAACAUGAAUGUACAUAGGACAAUGACGCCUCAAUCCCCUUCAAAAUAGGCACCUUGGGACCUCACACACUUCUCCAAGUGUCUCUUCCACUGUUCAAAACACUGCAAAAUUCUUUGUUGUAAUAGCCAUCAGCUGCAUUUACCUGAAUCUCAUCAGUGGUCUGAAAUCUCUUCCCUUUCAAAGGUGAUUUUAGUUUUGGGAAAAGUCAGAGGUCUCAGGGUGCCAAAUCUUUCAGAUUCUCGACCAUAUUUGAAGCAUUUCUGACACACUUUUAUCUGCACUGCACUCAUUGCAUUGUCCCCAAUUAUCCCCAUAGUUUCUGCAGAGGGAUAUUCAAGCUCAAUACAAAAGUUGAUGCAGAUCAGUUGCUCUUCUUGCUCAGUCAUUUUGACUGUGACGGCCACCUAGUACACAUGCCUUCUCAACGGCGUCUAGCGCUCCCACUGACUAGUGAAGUCAUCAUUGUUCAUGCAUGCGCAUUCCAGUCCACUCUCCUUGGCUGCCAGGCCACAUUGAUGUCACGCAAAUCGUUCUUGUUACAUUAACAAUGGCUGGACUUUUCCAAACAGACCUUGUAUACUGUGAAUGCAGAUCCAUGUGUAGUGUUGGCAUGUUUCUUAAUCCCAACGCUUUUUGAUUGGUAUACCUGCCACAAUACCUCGACUGAAAUUAUUUUUGCAUAUUUUUGGUUGCUACCUAUAGAAAGUAUGAAUCAAUGAAAGUUGGAAGGCUUCUGACUUUCAUUUUUUGUUUAUACUAAAUCUGUAAUUGUUGCUUCUAUCUGCUUGUCUUUCAAACUAUGACGUUUUACUGUAUAAAUAUAUUCAUUGAUGUUUCUUUUUGACAUAUACCAUGUAGCACAAAGACAUCUUUACUUUCUGUAGAUAGCCACAGGCAAAUUGACUGUUCAUCUGAAUUUCACAUGAGUAUGCAUGAGAGAUACUAUGUGAAAAGGUCAACAUUUGACUGAACCUUGCCUUUUCAUCACUGUUUUUCUUAUGUAAUACUCUAUAUUAGUGUUAGUGGAAUAGUAUGAGCUGUGUAAGUCUGUACCAUGGUGAGUAAGAGAGACACUAUAGUCACCAGACAAACUACAGCUUAUUGUAUAAUCAGGCUUUUUGCAGUAAACACUGUCUUUUCAGAGAUAAUUCCGUGUUUACAAUACAUCAUAGGGAUACCUCCACUGGCCACUCCUCAAAUGGCUACUAGAGGUGCUCCCUGGAGAGACACUGAACUUUUUUUUCAUAGAGGUGCAUUGAUCCAAUGCACCUCUAUGAAGAGAUGCUGAUUGGCCAAGGGCUGUGUUUGGCUUGUGCUGGCUUUGCCCUUGAUCUGCCUCCUUAACAAGCUCAGCCAAUCCAAUGUUUUCUUAUGGGAAAGCAUUGUGAUUGGCUUUGAUCAACAGUUCUGAUGAUGUCAAUCAGGCAGAUCAGAGGCAGAGCCAGCAGCAGCAGAUUGGAAUAACGGUACGAUUUUACUAUAUUUAAGGGAAUGGGAGUGGGGGAUAGGGUGUUUAGAUGGUGUUUUUAACACUAUAGGGUUCCUAUCCCUAUAGUGUUCCUUUAACUUUGGUUCCAGAGAUGCUUGUGAGUAAUAUUUCCAAUGAUGCAUAUACAUCCUAGACUAUAUCAAUAAAUUACGUUGCAUGCAGGAUUUUAUAUAUAUAUAUAUAUAUAUAUAUAUAUAUAUAUACAAAGAUAUAUAUAUAUAUAUCUUCCGUGAUAGUGAUAUAUUCUGUCAUUAUUUGCUGAUUUAAAACAUGCUUCAAGUUAAUUAUGUUUUCAUUUUGGCUAUUUUGAUGGUUCACAUGCCUGACAAUUCACACUUUAGGUAAAUAGACACUAUAGACACCCAGACCAAUUCAUCUCCUUGAAGUGGUAUGGGUGCAGUUUCCCUAUCUGUUUAGCUGUGCUCAGAGAUAUUGUAAUGUUUACAUUGCAUACAGAAGACUGCCCCUAGUGGCUGCCUAUGAGAAAGCCACUAGUGGCACUUCCUGCAGUUACUGGAGUUUGACUCUGUGAAAUGACGCUGGACUUCCUCAUGCUUUGCAUGUCACUUGAUCUGACUGUUUAUUAUUUUCUGCCAUAUCAAUUGGUAACAUUAUAAAUUAUUAGUCUUUGUAAAGUAAUAAAGGAGUUACACAUAUAUUUAUUUUGGUCUUAUCUCAGAUGACAUAUAGCCAAGUCUGAUAAGUUUCUUUUGUAAACGUUUGUGAUACAUGUUUCCAUAUUUUUAUUACUUUUUUCAGCACGAUUGUCCUGUAUCAUAUGAUGACAUGGGGCUUGGCAAUCCUACUUUGCAUUGAAGGUGUUGCUAUGCUUUACUAUCCUUCUGUAUCAAAGUAAGUUCUAAAAACUUAGCUCAGAAAUAUGUAUACAAUAAUGUUUUUAACCUGGCAAUAAUUAUUCAUACUCAUAGAAUCAAAAUCAAUGGUUAUCAGGUCAUUUCAGAUAAUACCAGUUUUCUAGAUAUUGGCCUCCAAAAUACUAUUCUUGUGUACAAAAUAAGUAAAAUGCGUUGGUUGGCUAGAUUAUACCAUGAUACAAUUACCAUUGAGAUAAGGAAUAGCAUAUGGGUUGUAGAGUCACACAUUCAUUAAAUGAUAUCCUUUACUCAAUGCUUCCAUAAUGUUGAAUUUCUUGGUGCUAUAUAAAUUCAUUUUAAUGAUAAUAUUUUGCUAUAUAACAUAUAUGCCAGUGUUGGGACUACCAUAUUUUUUUUACAUGUGGGUACAAUUAAAAUCAUCUGAAACUGAAAUUUGAGUUAUCUCUUUAAUGCCAUGUAUUAUAGAGGAAAUACUAGACUGAGUAAAUAAAUACUUAUUCAAGGAUAUCUCAGAUUUUUUAUAAAUCCAUUCAAUUUCAAGUCCUGCCAUUUCCCAUGUUAAUUGAUCCUCACUACACCAACAUACUACAGAUGUCAUACUUGGCCAUACUCGCACCUUCUUACUUUCCUAGGUAUUCUUAAAAGGACAUUAUAAUCAUCCAGGCCACUUCAUCUCAAUUAAGUGGUCUGGGUGUAGUUUUCCUGUAGUUUUAACCCUGAAAUGUAAAACAUUGGCAUUUAUUUAUAAACUGCCAUAUUUACACUGCAGAUUUAAGUCCACCUCUUGUGGCUGUCUUACUGACAGCCACCAGAGGUGCUUCCACUGCACUGACUAAUAAAACGUAAUCAUGUGAUUACAAAAUCCCUAAUAGGAAAGCAUUGAUUCAUGGGAAAUCUUAAAUCAGCGCGGUUGCACUCGCUGCACAUGCGCAUUGAGUUCCGAAUGCUCUCUAUGUCACAGGAGGUGGCGAGGUCAACAGCAAUAAGGGAGCCUUGGUGCUGGAAAAAGGUAAGUAAAACUUUUCAUGAGGGGGUCCUCUAUACAUCUAGGACAGGGACACUAUAAUAUUAAGAAUGCAGGUUUGUAUUCCUGACACCAUAGUGAAACAAAUCACAGGAAAGAGCGUGACUUGCAAUCUCCAGCUACUAAUGAAAUAUACUGAUAUAUAGUCAAUGUAUUGUAAUCCUGAUGAAGUUUUAGAGAACUACAACCGUUAAGGGAUACAUUAGAGCAGAAAACAGUGCAAUAAACUGCAAUUUGGGGUUUUCAAAGUAGUAUUGUUUCCUAUGUUGCUGUAUAAUGGCUGUUUGUAUGGGAAUGGCACAGGCAAAACUAAAUAUAUGCACAUUCAUUCAGCUUUUAACGUAAAGUAGAAUGUUAACGAUUUAACUAUAAUUACUACAAUUCUUAUAAUGAGAAAUAUAGAGAGAUGAAGGGAGAUGUGUUGCAGUAAUCCAGUAAACACAUUUUGACCAUUAUUAAGACAGCUCCUAUUUAGGUUUUUUUAGGUUUUAUAUUACAAAUACAAUAAUGAAAUUAUGUUUUUAUAGCUGUGAAAAAGGAUUGGAACAUGCCAUUCCUCACUAUGUCACCACAUAUGCUCCUCUCCUGCUUGUUUUGAUUGUUAAUCCGGUCUUGUUUGCAAGGACGGUAUCAGCAGGUAAGCAUGUUAAAGGGGUACUUCACUUUCCAAGAUUUUAGAUAUUAUGUUUAUGUAUUCACAAUUUCUUUGAUCAAUUAUGUAUUUGUGAGGUGUGAUAUCUUAUCCCACAGAAUUGGUUAGGCUGUGGGUGACAGGUGGUUGUUGUGAAAUGUUGGAGCAUGGCAGGGGUAGCCAACCUUCAGCACUCCAGAUGUUGUGGACUACAUCUCCCUUGUUGCUUUGCUAGCAUUAGGGCCACAAGUGCAUUGUGGGAUAUGUAGCCCAAAACAUCUGGAGUGACGAAGGUUGCCUAUCCCUGGAGUAUGGAAAUGGCGAGCUACUGAAUUUGUUCAUAUUCUCUAUUUGUGGAGUAUAGGCAUCCAAGUAACUGGUGAACUCUAAUGAUGGUUCAAUAAUAAAAUAAUGGUUACAAAGUCUAUAACUUGAAUUUACACUUUUCCUAAUAUAUAAAAAAGUAAAGUAAAGUCUAUUAAUUUCAGGGGCAAAUGCUUCUUGAUCGGUUUUAAUUCUUUAGAUGGUGUAUGGAGACUCUUAUAUCUAUUACUGGCUUGCCGACAUCUUCAUUGUUGGCUAUAGAGGGGCUAAAUGCCCUCUUCAGAUUGACAGUGGAUGAGCGUGCCCACCCCACUUUAUUCCAGUCAGAAACCGCUCCAGAUUAAGAUAGGGAGAUAUAUAUAUAUAUUUCAGUAUCUUAGCAAUCUACAGUACUGCACACUAAGGUUUGUGGGGAAUACACACUCUGAGAAAUGAAUUAUAUAUAUAUAUAUAUAUAGCGUGAAAAUUCAAUCUGUUUUAUGGUCUGAAAAAUGUUUCAGAUGUUUGAUAAAUAUAUAGAACAUUUGAGCAUUUUUUUAUCUAGCUACCAUAUAGAUAAACUACAGUCAAUGGGAUUUGAAGGCCUGGGCCACUUUGUGCUGUGCCCCCACCAUACAAGGUAAAGGGUUGGUGUUGCAUGCCAGCCAUAUGUUCACAGCAUGCUAUGAAGGAAAAUAAUGAGGAAAUGAUGAUGGAUGAUUUUUUAACCUGACCCAAGAUGGGUAUUUCUCUUCUCUUUUAAAGAUGAGUGAGGCAACUAGCGUGAAUAUCGCCUAUCGCAACUUGGAAAAGCAGACCUAAAAUUGCUGAAAUUAGUUGCUGACAUGUUUCCAUCAAAAUUCAGUUACAAAUCAACAUCAAUAGACUAUAUCACAUGGAAGAUGUUUCAAAUUUGAUUUCAAUAAGUAGAAAGCAAUGCUCAUUCUUUCUCGAAUUUUAUAAUAUUAUGUAAAUUACAGGUGGUGUUGGUUUGGGAUUGAAAAUGUUCAUAAAUAUUUCAUGUAAGAAAUUCUUAACUUAUUUAAUGUGCGUGAGCUCAUGUACGCAAAUAAAUAGAGUAUUCUGAGCAUUGAAAUACCCAUAUAUAUUGAACCACACAUAUACAAUGUUGCUUAGCAGAAGUAGCCAAGACCCAAACUUUCAUUUUCUAGGAAAAUAUCAUUGUAGUUUUCAUCUGCAGCAUUUCCGCUCUAAGUUCUAAGCACAAGAAAUCCUAGAUUAGGUAUUGACACGAAUAUUUACUUAUCAGAACAUAUGCCAGGCUUUAGGUAUCAAUAUCUGGUCCUUGCUAUAUUUGAAGUAGACUUAAAACAAAUCAAAGCUUCAGAUAUAAUCAGAUAUCAUGUAACAUUGCUUUUUAUAAUUUCAUAGUUGCCUCUCUACUAAAGGGAAGAUCUGGAAUUUAUACCGAAAAUGAAAGACGUUUGGGUACAGAAAUUCAGAUCCGUUUUUUCAAGAUCAUGCUGGUGUUCGUCAUCUGGUACAUCUGAGUAUUAUUUUACUAUUAUGUAAUAUGUAGUUUUUGUAAUGGGAAGAGGAAAGCUGGCCCCUGGCUCUAGACUCACAGUCCAUGGCAUCUGAAGUAUUAACAAUAGAUUAGAUAAAGGAGGUUCACAACCCAUCAACUUUCUCCUCGCAGGACUUUGGUGGCCAAAUCCUCCCAACUAUUUUUCACCAACUCGUCACAUAGCCCCAAAGUUUUGUUAUCCUUCACACACAGGUUCUCCUUUUUGCUUUUCACAAUUUAGCUUACCUUCUUCUGGCUAUUGUUAGCCAAAGGUUCAGAGAGGGACAAAGUCACCAAGCCAACAUGAACGACUCAACAGGACUCAACAUAAAUACUUAGAACGUAUAUACUACCUUACAAAACAAAGAAAGCUGAUAUACUAUACCCAGCUUGCUACUCUAAGCCACAUUGCUAACCACUGGAGUUGUAACCUUAAUCCUGAAUCAAACGAGCAAAACCAUAGGGAUCCCUAGAUUAUUUCCACAUAGAGCCCAUCGGGAACCUUUGGCAACUGUACUCGUACAUUCAGUAAUUAUGGUAGUAUAUGUACUCUUAAUCACAGAAAACUGAAUACAAACUUAUUUACAAAAACAAUAGAUUAGAAUACCCUCCAGGGUGAGUAAGAGAAUGCUAUAAUGUUAUAGAAUAAAACUCCCAUCAUUCUUAGCUAGGUAAACCUAAGCUGAGAGUGAUUGCAUCUAGAAUCUGCAUUAUCUCCAGGGUCCACAUUAGUUUAGAGGUCUACCGAUGGGGGUAAGUAGUUAACUAAUGAAUAUAUAUAUAUUUGUAAUUGCAACAUUGGUACACCAUUAAACCCACAAUGUAAGAAUAAUUCAAAGGAAAAAGUUAGCCAAUUUUGCAAAACAUGGUGGGUAACCUCAGAUAGAAUCAAACAAACAAACAAAUUUUACAGAAAGUAUAUGUGUAAAUGAAAACACAGCUUUUAAUAAUAUAACAAGGUCAAUAAAUGAAUAUUGUAAGAGGGUAGCACUAGAGGCUCCAAGGUUAAGAAAGUAUACAUAGUGUUAGUAGUCGAUGUUAUUAAAGCAGUGCUGUGAACCUCCCCACCCUGAAAAAAUUUGUAUUUCAUAAAGAAAGAAUCUAAGUGAAACACUCAUUUUGACUGUGUUGGCAUUUCACAAAAAUUCCAACUCAGUCAAGAGGUACCUUGAGAAAAAAUAGGGACUACUUUGUCUCUGUAUAUUUCCUAUGCCUGACAAUUCUAGACACUACGCUACUGUUGUCUUCAAGUGUCAAACCCCCAAGGCAUCACCAGUGACGGCUGCAGGGAAUUGGCUCUGUCUAUGGAAGGUUCCAUGAUCUCGCAUGAUCCUCCAUACACCUCAAUGCUGUACUCUUGUGCAUCCUUUACCUGCCCCCUGGCCUCCGGACCCCCAGUGGCGAUGUGACCGUCGUGGCUCUUUGCAAAUCCAGCAAAGUCCACAGACACAUCCAAGAGAUAGGAUUCAUUUUAGCAUUUUAGACAAUGUAACAAUUGAGACAUCAACUAGUAACAGAGUGAAUGAAAUGUAGUAGUAAGCAUAGAACAUUCUAAAUUAUUGCUGCUUAUCAUUGUCUGACAGACGGAGAAAAAAAUAAAUGAAUCUAUUUCACUUGUACAGGGUGCACCGCAAUGCAAGAACUCAAGCUAUAGUUGGCCUAUACACAGGAUUAUUUACUAAAGUAAUCAUUAAAAGUACAUUUCAAAUUUAUGGCCAGAGUAGCCAAACAGAAAGCAUAGCUAUUAACUUAGAGAAUUGUUCCUAUUAUGGCUAUUUUGACCUCAACUUUUACACUGUAGUUGAUAACCCUGAUAAUCUUUUAUUGACAUAAAUACAUAACCCAAUUUUUCUUAUAAUCAUAAAUACUGUGAAGAAGGCUCUUCCUUUCUUCAAACAGAAUCACAUUUUCUGUCAUGUGAGCACAUGGCUGCCUUUAAUCGUUUUUGCUCAAAGCUGAUCAAGAAUUCCAACUAAUUUAUUCAGCUCUUACAUUCCUCAAAGUCAGUGAUAUAUGCCAGUGAUCAGAGGUCUGUUAUAGGAGGGAACCUUCUAACGUUUUUUUAAUCACACAAUGGAUCAUUUAUUAUUAGAGUGGUCUUCUCAACAGAUCAGGUUAAAAAAAAAUAACGCCAACUUAUUAAUAUUAAUUCUAUAUAACCAAUAUAGUUAGCUGGUACAUCAGAUCUGGCCGUUUUUUUGUGAACAUGUUGAGAUUUUGAAUAUUAAACCAUAAGUGACAAAUACUGUUUAAAGAGGCAAGGAAGUCCGUGAUGUCAGCACUCAAUAUGAGAAGCUCCUAGUUCUCCACUGUGUUCGAAAAUAACUUUUUUUUGACACUGUGUGACCAAUACCGAAGAAAAGCAAAGGUUAGGCACAAAUGUUUUAACAUUUUCAAAAGAAAUGCUAAAAUUCAAAUUAUUUGCACAGUGUACAAGUUGGCAUUUAAAGUGCUAUAAAAUACUAUGUAGACAAUUUGUGAGAUCAGUGGACUGCAAGGAAGAAAGGGAAAAUCGUCAAUUUAUAAUUUAAAGAAAUCUGCUGUUAAUGUUGUUAUAAGCCGUGUUUUAUCUCUCGUCAGUUGGGCAGCCAAUAUCAUCAAUGAGUGCCUUUUGUUCUACCUGGAAAUGCAACCAGAUAUCAAUGGAGUGCUGCUGAAAAAUGUGAGGAAUGCCGUACUCAUCACAUGGUUCAUAAUGGUAAGUCAGGCAUGAUUUCAAUCAGACUAGACAGUAUAACUAAUUAAAUAUGGUAAGUCUGGUCACUUCAUGUGUUUGGAGUAGUUAAAACAGAAAAUAUAGCUAAAAAUAGCCAGAUCUCAAAGGCUCUAUAAUUGGCUUAUAAAUAUUUAUGCAAUUUUACAUGAAAUGAAAGUGAAAUCAUUCCAUUGAAUGUCCUGUCUUGUAAGCUUUUUUUUAUUUAUACAGGAGCUACUCAAUGCAUUUAAAAAUGUUCUACCCUUGUCCAGGGCUAGAUUAACAUAGGGCUAAUGGAGUAGAAGCUUCAGGUCCACGCACAUCUAAUAGGCUCAUUGAUUUAAAAAAAAAUAAUGUAAAAAAUCUUUGUACUACUUUCUAUUUGUGAUUGCUAUGUGCUGAGGAAAAUUAGUAUGGGAACUUAGGAGGGAUGUAGAGGAACAAAACUUGUGUGGACUGGCUGACCAUAAAUUAGUUAAAGGGAUUCUCUAGUGCCAGGAAAACAAACCCAUUUUCCUGGCACUAGAGAAUCCUGAAGUGCCGCCCUCCCAUCCCCAUCCGCCGGCAGGGAGACAUACUGUGCAUGCGCGGCAAUGGCCGAGCACGCAUUAGACAUCCCCAUAGUAAAGCAUUAUUCAAUGCUUUCCUAUGGGGAUUCCGGUGACGCUGGAGGUCCACAUGCAUAGCGUGAGGACGUUCAGCAUCAUUUACACGACCAAAAGUUGCCUAAGAAGCCGAAAGUCCGUCUAGUGGCUGUCUGGUAGACAGCCACUAGAGGAAGACUUAACCCUGAAAGGUAAUUAUUGCAGUUUAUAAAAACUGCAAUAAUUACACUUGCAGGGUUAAGGGUGAUGGGAGUUGGCUCCCAGACCACUUCAAUGAGCUGAAGUGGUCUGGGUGCCUACAGUGUCUCUUUAAGAUAAAGCUGACUUUGCACACUGUGCACAAACUGUUGUUGCUUCUGUCUCUCUAACAGUGUGGCAUGUCCCCUUAAUUCUACACUCACUACAUCCACCUUCCAAGGGAAGGAGAGCAGUGGACAAGAGAGUACUGCGUGACACCAGGGAACUGUCCCUAGAAAGCAGACAGUGAGCACAUCAUUUGGCACACAAAAUUAGAAUCUAAUGAUUAGAUGUGGACCAACCAAUAACACCUAAAUGCUCCCCAACAACAUGUAACAAAUGAUAAACAAAGAUUUUAGUGAUACAAAUAAAAUACGCAAAAAAAGAUAAAUAAAAUAUAAAAAUUGUGUUCAAUUCAAACAGUUAUAGGAAGUGUGUAAGCACAAUACAGAAAAAUUGCACUAUAGCUUUACAACCACUCCCAAUGUACUGUUACUUUCAAACCUCUUGUAUAUGAAACACAAUAACUUAUCUUAAUAUUCUUUUAUGAGUGGUAAUUCCCAGAAGCUCAAAAAUGUUCAAAUGCUUUAUGGAAAUAUAAGAAUACCAAAAAAAAAAUAUAUAUAGCAUAAAAUCCUUCAUAUUACAUAUACGGUAAAAAAAAAUUUAAAAACACAAUGUUGUUGGGACUUUGUGUGCCUCAGUACUAAGUUCUGCAGCUUAAGCAGUCCUCAUUGUGUACAAUCCACUGUUCACUGUACCAUCCACUGGACACUAUUUUCCAUGCUUGUGUUUGCCUUUCGAAUGCUGAAAUUUGAUUUUGUCAGUGACCAGAGUUGCUUGCAAGAUUUUAACUUUUACAGCUCUGAAACAGCUGGAACUCAGGACCACAUGACAGCGUACUGACGUCACUACUGACGCAUUUCGCCUAAGGAACCAGGCUUGCUCAAAGCGUGUACUGUCACGAUCCACCAUUUAUUUUCUUUAAUACACUGUCCAGUUCUCAUUUAACCAACUGAGUCCCACUUUUGUUUUUAUCAAAUUCCGAAAAUGGAUACGGUCAUUUUCAAAUAAAGUUCAUUACGUUGUAUAUCCGCAGUAAUAAAACACACACCCUACAUAAUAACACCCUACAUAUAAAUACCCUUCUAUAUCUUCUGUAGUCCAGUCAGAUUGAUGAUAUUAGAGCUGCCAAUCAUCUUUUAUUGGAUAUUUUCUUUGUAGUUUGAACAGCAUCAUUCGACACAUCUUUGUCAAGCUCAGGGUGAAACAGCGCUGUCUGCCUAGUUCACGUUUAGUUGGCUGGCAUGGAAGCUAUUUUAACUUUUCUAAUUCAUCGCGCAUUCAUCCCUUUUUCCAGGCAGGUCUGCCCCUUUUGACAGUGACAGUUGCAUGGCCCCUUUUACCCUGCCCAAUGAUAUCAGGUUUCACAGGAUGCCAAUGCUGGGGCGGUAUAGAUUUUGUUGAGAGAUGAAAGCAAAAGAUUAGGGUAUGUGUAUGAUUAUAAAUACAUCCUCUACUGGGAACAUGUCACUUGGGAGGUUAAACUUUUUAGUGUUUUCCGUUUAAAGGAUUCUGUAAUUAGGUCCUUCAUAAUUGUCAGCACCAGGUCCAAUGGGCUUUUUAUUUGAAAUUGUUGUUAUUUCUUUAUUUUUGAGCAUCGCGUUAUAAUAACAAACAUAUGACAUAAGUAUGGGAGACUUCAACAGACAAUGCAGGUCAUACAUCACAAGAGCAGUGCACUAUUUUUGUAAAUCAAUCAAUCUAGAAACAAUAAAGACAAGCUUGGCACACAUCGUAUCUGAGACAGAACCAUCAGUGUUUCCGUUGUCCCUAAGGAGCUGAAGGAAAAAAUGCUAUAGUCUGACAUCACAAAUCUGCAUGAAUGGAGGUGAUCAGAGAAGUGCACAUAUAUGAUUAAAAGAAUGUGGAUUAACAAAAUGAUGUAGAGUAUAUGCAUAUAGUGCUCGUACAUGAUGGGUCUAGAAAGCUUACGAGAUGGGUCUAGAAAAUGGAAAUUUAAGUAAGGUCAUUGUGCACACAUUGGUAUAUGGUAUUCUGGAUAUUUGUGAUAGGGAAUUCCUAUGUACUAUAAAGAUAAAAAACCCAUCAUAGGGCAAUAUGUAUACAAUAAAAUGAUAAUAAAAGAUAACUUGGAACACUCACAAUGUUUAGAGCCCUUAUAAGUCAGCUCUAAUCAAUGCUGUCAUUUUCAUCAAUAUAACGGUUAAAAGUGUAGAUGUGUAGUUUCAUCAGCCAGUCCUCCAUGGUUCGUCAAUGCAUGAUGACGUCCUUCCCAUAUCAGCUUCACCCCACUUCUACCCAUAAAGUCCUUGAGAUUCCCGAAAGCAAGAUGGCUGCAUCUCCACCUCCUGUGGGCUAAGGGUGCUUAAUGGACUCUUCAUAGCGCACCAUGUGCUGCAUCCAUGCCAAUCAGAACUGGCGACCAGGGAUACACUCAGGGGUGUUUUUACCCCGAGGCAAACAAGGCAUUUGCCUUGGGUGGCACUUUCUGCCCAGGAGCUGGCUGGGUGGCAACCUCGGGGCACCCCAGGCUGGCAGUGGCAGAACUUUCGGGGCGGGAGGACUAAACCUCCUGUUCAGCUCCCUCGCGCACACCACAGUGAUGCCGGAGCCAGAAUAUGAUGUAAUUCAGGCUCCUGCAUCACUAUGUGGCGCGCGAGGAAGCUGAACAGGAGGAUUAAUGCUCCCUCGCCGCCUGCAGUCACCGGCCAGCAGCCCCACUGGACCCCAGAGAAAGUGAUAAUCCACCCCAGCAUUCCCAAAGGUAGGGAGGCUGGGGGGAUUGAAUUUUACAAAAAAAAAAAAAAAUGUGAGUGUCUGUUUGUGAGUGUGUGUGUCUGUUUGUGAGUGUGUGUGUCUGUUAGUGAGUGUGUGGGUGUCUGUUAUUGUGUGUGUGUCUGUUAGUGAGUGUGUCUGUUAGUGAGUGUGUAUGCCUGUCUGUUAGUGAGAGUGUAUGCGUGUCUGUCUCUGUUAGUGAGUGUGUUAGUAUGUGUGUCUGUUAGUGAGUGUUUAUGCAUGUCUGUCAGUGAGAGUGUAUGCGUGUCUGUUAGUGACUGUAUGUGUCUGUUAGUGAGUGUGUAUGUCUGUUAGUGAGUGUAUGUGUGUCUGUCAGUGAAAGUGUGUGUCUGACACUGAGUGCAUAUGUGUCUGUCAGUGAGUGUGUAUGUGUAUUUAGAAUGUAGGGGUGGGGGGGAGGGGCAGCACAAAACCAGGAUACACCACUGGAUACACUUGCACAUUUUUUAACUACUAAAAUAAAUUUACAAGCAGGUAUCAAUACCCAUACACCCUUAUACAAUGUAUACACUUUUAAGUGGAGGGGUGAGGUGCCUGACACGGGGAGCCUGCUCAUAGCUCCAAUUUUAUAUGAAGAGCAAAAGUAGAAAGCACUAUAAAACAAUCUCCUACACUCGGUAUCAUCAUCCCUUCUAGUCUAUAGAAUAUAGCAUAACACUUCAGGACAGGCUGAACAUCACAGGGCUGCAGUGUAAUGGUUUGCUUUUGCUUCUAUUAAAUUCUUGUUUCUGUUUUAGGGAAUACUGAAUCCUAUGCAAGGCUUCCUCUUUACACUAGCUUUCUAUGGAUGGACAGGAUAUCAUAUAGACUUCAAAUUUAAUCAAAAGGAAAUAGUUUGGGAGCCGAUAUCUACAUCAACUGUUGGUGAACCAACGCACAAUGGUCAUAUUACUUCCUUCCUGAACUAUCCUGGUUACAUCCAGAACCCAAACAAGACCGACAUGGAAAAUAGCCAACAAACUGAUGAAGCACUUGGCAUGCUCUCUGAAGGUAAUGGGAUAAUAGCCGAAAGACUAAAAAAUAACUCCCCAAUCUACCAAGGCUAUUAGUUAUCAGACUGUGGGUUCCCAUCCAAUUAGAAAUCCCAACAUGUCCUUACUUUGUUGCAAUAGUCAGUGUGGCUCUAGAACUGUGAAAGAUGUAAAUGCUGCACUGACGUGGAUGACCAAUACACUUGUGUCCUAUUCUGUAGAUGGAAUUAAUACAGCAAAUUCGGACUAUGAUCUCAAUGACACAGAUACCAACCUUAAUUAUAGACAGAAGUAGAUUAUGCUUACAUAGUUAUCUAGUUAAUUAGAUUUAAAUAAUCACCCUGUAUAUUAAGUUUAAACUCUUUAACUUCACAAAUCUAUCUAGAUAAAUGCAGAAAAGCCCAUUGACACACUUAGACUCUGAUGACCCAAUUUCUCAAUAAUAAGGUGUGAUAGUUCCACUAAUAAAAAUUGCAAAUGCAUUAUUUUGGAGAUGUAAAUCCAUAAGCAGUUCAUGAAUUUAACAUUAUAUUUUACACCUACUGUAUGUUUAGUUUCUUAUAGACACAAUUUUAUUAAAAAGAACCUCCAAGCAUUGGUUUGGUCCAUUUCUCCUCUGAAAUAGAGCUUUGGUUUGGAUGGGGUAAAAAAUAGUAAAAGUCUUAACCCAAAGCACCAGAUGACAAAGGUACUCCAAGUCAGGACAAAAAGACAGAGGCCAAACCCAAAACAAAAAAAUGUCUAUCUCUUCAAUGUCAGAAAAUUCCACACUAUAUCAAGCCACCAUGACCUUUCAGACUUUACAGCAGGGAGUCUUCACAAUUUUGUCUUGAUGACAUAACAAAAAUUCUUGUCAACUACAAUCACAAUACAGUUUUUCCAUGUAUCAUUGUUCUCUGUUGUUAUUAUUAUUUCUAGGUUUAAUACAGAUCACUUCUCUGCAAAAUCCAGGUAGACUUUCAUAUGAUAGCCCUAACUCAAUUAAGAGGGAUGCUCUUUUUUUGUAGUUACUGUUUGUACUGUUUCUCUGCGUUGAGCACAUUGUAUGCUGUUUACUAGACAGGAGAUGACAAUAAUUAAGGCAAUUAAAGAAGUAUUAGCAGAUACAAAUAACACUCUUGUUUUAUCUUCCUGUCCUGUUUGAGACUAAUGGGCAGUUUGAGAUGUUGGCCCAUCCAUAGAUAACUCCAACCUGCUUUAAUUUUCCAUUGUCGCAUGAUAAAAACAUAUAAUCCAAAUUAUCAUCAUAUUGUAAGGAUGUAAAUCAUCUUGUCAGACAUAACCUUGACACAAAUAAUAAUAAGUCAUAGAGCAUCUAUUAUGUAAAAUAACUAGAACCCUAUGUAUACAUAAAAUGGAUUAUAUUUAUAGUCCUCCCUCUACACACCAUGUAGGGCUUAUGAAAUCUUCAAAUUCUGAAUAGUUCUUUAAUGAAGGGCUCUCUGAAAAUCACAUUCUUUGAAUUUGAAAAGCACUUUAAUUUUAGAAUUGUUUGUUCUGAAAACUGUUUGCAGUAUUCUACAGAGAAAGAAAUGGGUAAACAAUCCGUUACUGUCAUACAAAAUAAAAUAUUUUAAUUUGAACAUUUGGCAAUAAAUGUAUUUUACAUAAACGUAGUGUCUUUCUUUUUUUCUCUUAACAUAUUUGUUAAGAUGCGUAUAGAAUGAAAAAGAUUAAAAUUAGAAUAAAAAGAGUAUCAUUAAAAUACAUCUGCAUCUAUAUGACUAUAUGAUUAAUAAAGAUCUCUUAAUAUUCACUUUUGAUUAGUGUCCAAUGAGUGCAAAAACAGAUGUGAUCAAAUGUUUUUUUCAGUUGCCCAUAAAGUCAUUCUACAAACCCUUAGCCACUGUGAUAUAAUGUAUAAGUAAUAGAUUUCAUAUAUUUAAUACAGAAUAUAAAACCAAUGCUAUUUUUGUUUAUCAAUGUGACCCUAGAUUGUCAUUUAUGAGACACAUAAAGAAGUAUACGCUGGGUCCAGCUUAUUUAGCAUUCCACUGCACGUCUUAAUUGUUUAUGUCUAACUGUAUAGUUCGAUAUGACAUGUGGGUUUCUACCUCUGAAUGUAUGCUGCAUAAGGCAAUAUUCUAUUAGCAGAGGCCAGAACUAUAUCUGUAGGAACAUUCCUAUUCAGUUACAAGUAAGGAUCGACUGAUUAUUGGUUUGGCUGAUAUUUAAAAUUUUGGCAAUUAUCGGUAUCACCUUAUAAUGAUACCGAUAUUUCUGAUGAAGCGGGAGGCAGCGAAUACCCAACACACACACUACUUUUAGCUCCUCUCUGAGUUGGAGAGAGGACAUGCCGGAAACAGAGGAUAGCGUGUGCUGGGUCCCAGCCAUCCUCUCUAUAAUGCAAUUGGCAUCAGGGUGGAACACUGGCAGAAUAUUGUUACCAGUUAUCAGCCAUCGGCUAUCGGCCCAAUAAUCGGUAUCAAUAUUGCCCUUAAAGGACCACUAUAGGCACCCAGACCACUUCAGCUCAAUGAAGUGGUCAGGGUGCCAGGUCCAUCUAGGGUUAACCCUGCAGCUGUAAACAUAGCAGUUUCACAGAAACUGCUAUGUUUACAUUAGGGUUAAUCUAGCCUGUAGUGGCUGUCUCAUUGGCAGCCGCUAGAGGCGCUUCCACGCUUCUCACUGUGAUUUUCACAGUGAGAAGACGCCAGCAUCCAUAGGAAAGCAUUGAGAAAGCAUCAGCGGAUGACGUCGGAAGAGGGAGGAGAGUCCCCAGCGCCGAGGGAGCCCGGUGUUGGAGAAAGGUAAGUGUUUAACCCCUUCCUCCCCCUUCAGACCGGAGGGAGGGGGACCUAGAGAGUGGGAGGGGGGGGGGGAACCGAAGACCCUUUAGAGCCAGGAAAAUAUGUUUGUUUUCCUGGCACUAUAGUGGUCCUUUAAGUAAGUGAUAUUGGUUGUCCCUAGUUACAAGUGAUAAACAUAGUUCUGAACACACAUGGUUAUUCUUAUAAACUGUUGUAAAUUAAAAAACAUUGUACAUGCUUUCCCCCCCCUAAUUUGGCUACGUUGGCCCAAAUUAUGAAACUCGUUUUAAAUUCCUCAUAGUCACUUUAAUAAAUUACUAUGAUAGAUGUCAACCCUCCUCAGUUUUUCAGUACUAGAAAUAUUAUUGAUACUUUGCUCUCAACAUAUUAUAGAAUUUGUACUGCUACAAAAAAUGUCCGUCUGCUUUUGGUCACCUCUAUUUAGGUUUCCAGCUCUAUCUUCUAUUAUACUGCAUUAGAAUGUGCACCUGUGCAUUGUGCUACUUGUUUGUAUUUGUGAACAAUGGUGACCAAUGAGUUACAUUUCCAUUUGUUACUUCGAUACUACUCACCAGAACAAAUGCAAUAAGGUGUAGUUUUUCUGGUGACUAUAGUGUCCCUUUAAACAAGUAGAAAUGGAUAAAAUAUCCAUUUCAAUUGCAAUACCUGGUGAAAUCUGCACUUUUUACCUCCUGUCUGAGUUCCUGCAAAACCAACUCCAAUCAAAUAAUAAACAUGUAAAAAUAUCCACUAGACAUUUAAAACUAGUGCAAAUGCUUUCUUUUCUUUUGGGUAACUUCAAUGUACUUACGAUAGACUAGACUAGACAGCUAUUGUUCCAGUUUGAAUCUGCUAUUAACGAGUUCUGUUUACUACAAGUGGCCUAGGUAAGGAUUCAUAGGUUCUCUACAGACAUGAAAAUCCUAUUAAAAGAACACUCCAAGAACAGUAAAAACUACAGUGUCCAGAGUGCCUUGGCACCAUCCCAUAGGAAAAUGUCAAACUGGUUUAGCACGGUUUGACAAUUUACCUGGGGACCCGGAGCCCAUUGGGCACUUCUUGUCUUCUCCAGCAGGAGAAGCCGGUUUGCUUUAUAGAGCAGGACAAUGCAGGACCAUGCACUCCAAGCACCACAAAAAGUACAGUGACUGGAGUGCCUUGGUGCUAUUCCAUUGGAAAAUGUUAAACUGAUUUAGCACGGUGUGACAAUCUACCUGAGUGCGGACCUCAUUGGACUUUAUCUUCUCCAGCAGAAGAAUUCGGUUUACAUUAUAGAGCAGGACCGUGCAGGACUGCACUCUUUGACAGCGGAAUGGUUUCAGCCCGGGAUUAUGGUUCUGCAUGACCUUGCGUUACUUUACGAGUCAUCAUGUUUCUCCUGCUGGAGAAGACUGGAUGCACUGAUGUGAUGUGGUCUGCAGUAGUUAUGGUGCUUGGAGUGGUCAUUUAAUAAAACUCCUCAAUUUAUUUAUACAUUUUAAGUGCUAUAACUCAUUUACACGUAACAAUACAGGGUUACAAUUAAUAUGUCAUUAGCAUAAAUAUAUUUAUCAGAUGCAAUGAGCCAAUUGUGCAGGUAGCUAUAAACCUGCUCUAGUAUGUGAUGAUUUAUGGCAGAAGCAUGGACAAAAAGAGUACGGGUUUAGCUGGGCAAAGCUAAUUUUACACAUUUUCUUAGGCUACAAAAAUAUAUAGAGUUGUAAUUAAAAUUAUUUCAUCCACACUGAAAAUCAUGUUUAUUGUCAACAUUUACAGACUUUCAGUUGUUUGCGAUGAACACAUCAAACUAAAGCAAUUGAAAUAGCUCAGCACAAUGAAAUGGUUUCCCCAAAUUCAACUGAAAAUGCAACUUAUAAUGACUUCACCUCUUCAUGGCAAGCAUCUUUAGUAUUUAGUAGAGCACCUUUUUGCUGCUAUGACCUGCUGCAAACGAGAUGCGUAGCCAGACACAAGCUUCUGGCAGCAUUCCUGAGGACUCUUGGCCCAUUCCUCCAGUGAAUUACUAUUCUUGGGUUUGUGUACUGCAACCCUCUUCUUCAAAUCCCACCAGAGAUUUUUGGGGGGGUUCAAGUCAGGUUACUGUAAUGGCCACUGUAGAAUUUCCCAGCAUUUCUUGUGCCACCAAGCCUUGGUGGAAUUUGAGGUAUGCUUGGGAUCAUUGUCUUAUUGUAAGGUUCAAUGAUGUCCAAGCUUCAGCUUUCUAGCAGACAGGAUGUUUUAUCAUAGGAUUUCUUGAUACUUCAAUGAAUCCAUCUUGUCUUCCACAUGCUACAGGUUUCCAGUGCCAGAGAAUGUCACUUCAUUCUUCUUCCUCCAGAUAUACCGCAGAUCCAUUGUGCCGAAAAGUUCCAAUUUAGUUUCAUCACUCCACAGAACAGAAUCCCCAAGUUUAUGAUUUUAAACAUACUGGAGCCAACUUUUCUUACUCUUGUGUCAGUAGUGGUGUACAACUUGGAGUUCUGGAAUGGAAAUCUUCUGCAUUUAGUACGCUCCUUACUGGGCUCACUAAAGCCUCAGUGCCUGUUGCCACCAAGUCUUGCUGCAGGUCUUUUGCAGUCACUCAAGGGAUUUUUCACAUCCUACCUUCUCAGAUAUCUGGUUGCAGCCAUUGAUCGCUUCCUUUUUCUGCCCCAUCCAGGUAGUCGUUGUGUUGAGCUGUUUCAAUUGCUUUUGUUUGAUUUGUGCAUUGCAAACAGCUGAACGUCUGUAAAUGUUGACAUUAAAACUGAUUUUCAAUGGGGAUUCAAUAAUGAUUGAGAAAUCCACCCCGAUUGUGUGUCCUAAGAUGAGAAAUCCUGCUUUAAUUGUUCUGUACAAAUUGAUGUUGAUUGUUGAUUUGCACAGAAAGUAGAGGAUGAGUCAAUUCUCUUUUGUUUUGUUAGGUUCUGAUGAUAGCACAAUUGAAAUCCACAUAUCAAACGAACUGCCAGACUUAGAUGACAUUGAGGCUGAUGAUGAAUCCAUGGACAACAAUGAAGUCCCAAAACGUGUGAAAUGAGCACCCAAACAGACCAGCCUCUGGAUAAAUAUGCAAACUGUUGUACAUUGUUCUUUAUGUAAAAAAGAAAAAAAGAAAAUGAAUAAAAUAAAAGAAGACAUUGAAAAUCUGA